AUGCCCGAGGAAGAAAAGUACGAUGUGCUCGAGAAGAUUGGCCAUGGGUCCUUUGGUAUCAUUCGCAAGGUCAAGCGAAAGUCAGAUGGCUAUAUCCUCUGCCGCAAGGAAAUCAGCUAUCUUAAGAUGUCGCAGAAGGAACGCGAGCAGCUGCAGGCUGAGCUGUCCAUCCUGAAGGAGCUCCGACACCCCAACAUUGUCGCCUACUUCGAACGCGACCACAUCAAGGCAUCGCAAGACCUCCACCUCUACAUGGAAUACUGCGGAAACGGCGACCUCGGACGCGUCAUUCGAGACCUAAAGAACAAGAACCAAGUUUGUGAGGAGGAGUUUGUCUGGAGCAUUUUCAGCCAAAUCGUCAGCGCCUUGUACCGCUGCCAUUAUGGCGAAGACCCCCCUGCGGCAGGCCGCAACGUCAUGGGCCUGGUUGGCAACGCGAAGCCAGUCCGUGACCCACGCAAGCCUAUGAUUCUCCACAGAGAUCUCAAGCCUGAAAACAUCUUCCUCGGAGACGACAACAGUGUCAAGCUGGGCGACUUCGGUCUGUCCAAGAUCCUCCAAUCGCACGAUUUCGCCUCUACCUACGUUGGUACCCCUUUCUACAUGUCGCCCGAGAUUUGCAAGGCGGAGCAAUAUGGGCCCCAUUCCGACAUUUGGGCACUCGGUUGCAUCAUAUACGAGAUGUGCACCAAGUCACCUCCCUUCAACGCGAAGACUCACUUUGAACUCAUCUCCAAGAUCAAGCUAGGUCGAUACCCUGACAUACCUGCUUGUUAUUCAGCAGAGCUCCGAAAAGUCAUCGCCAGCUGCCUCAACACAACACCCGAUCACAGGCCAGACACUGCCGCCCUUCUCAACCUGCCCAUUGUCAAGCUCAUGCGCAAAGAGCAGGAGGUCGUCAAGCUGGGACAAGAUCUCCGAGAGCAACGUAUGCUCACAGCGAAGCGAGAGAAGGAAGCAAGCGAGGCCAUUUCACGUAUUCGUAAAGAAUUGGACGACCAAUUACGACGAGAGUGGGAAGUCAAGGCACAAUUGGAGAUCGAGAGGCAAGUGAAGCUCCAAACAGAGCAGCGGGUACAAAAAGAGCUGGCGCACCUUCAGGCGACGUUUGAGGGCGAGGUCAACAGGCGGGUAGAGCGCGCUUUGAAGAUGUACCCCAACCGUCUGAGCACAUCACCAAAGCUGGCUCCUCGUUCAAACACACCCACCAUGGCGGCAACCGAGCCUUCGGCUUUGUUCUCAGCAGAGGCUGAAGGUACCGUUACAAACACUUCCCAGAACACGCUCAACACAGAUUCCGACUUCGCAAGUGGAACAGACCUUUCGUCACUCUCCCUAGAUGAUCACACCGAGGACGUCACCAUUGCAUCCAAACCAAAGGCAAAGCGACCGUCUCGGGGCCCCCUUGUUCGCGCCCGCACAAUGUUCUCCCAGCCUUCCACCACACAAGUACCCGAUUCUCCCAUGGAUGUUCAGAUGGCCGAGCCAUCGCCCGCGCCUGCCUCACUCAAGGGACUUUCUCUUUCCCCCCGUCGCAACCAGCAACCUAAACAGAACAUCUUCGCUGCGGCCAAGGAAGGUGCCAAAAAGUGGGAAGCCGAUGUUCCUCCUUCGCCCACUGAAGCUGAGUGGAAUGCCGACUUCGACGAUGACGACGACCUUCCCGUGCUGCCAUCUCCAACCCGCGCACGAAGCGCCUCUGGCGGUCGUCCUAUGAGUGAAGACCCUUUCAAGGUGCUCGCGAACGCUCAAGCACCACUACUGAAGGCGAACGCCCGGCUCGGAAGCACACCAAACCUGUUGGGUCCCAGAACUACGAAGCCUCGCCCCGUUUCUGCCGUACCCAUUGUCGCUGCAUCUCCUUCUCGACAGAAGGCCAGGUCCACCGACAACCCAUCGACGUCGCCGCGAAAGACCGGCGCCACAACAAAGUCCAUACCAUUUGCUGGUCUCCCGUCAAAGAAGGGCAACGAGGCGUUCCGUGUGCAAGCGAUGCGCAACAACGGCGGUGUUCAGGGUCGCACAUUGGUCGAGCUUCAACAAGCCCGCGGUAUCCCUGUGCACACUAUGAGUGAAGACGAGGGUGGCGCGAAGAAAGGAUUCGGAUAUGGUGGCCGAAGGAGUCCUGUCAAGAGGACUGGCGGUAUCAGUCCGCCUGCAGUAUGGGAUCCAGAGACCGAGCCGGAGAUGCCAUCUCCCUUCAUUGUCCGCAGCAAACGCAUGGUCCGGUAG